AUGAAGCGCGCUCAAUCCAAACAGAAUGGGGCGGUGGGUAUGGAGGAGAAAUCCGCCCUACAACACGCCAAGAACUUCCUACGCCGCCUCUACAACACGUCGACAUUCAGGUUGAAACAGGAGAAGAAUGGCAAAUCGACCAAAGUUAUCGACCCGGCUGAGCGUUUCAAAACUGCGACUAGUCCGUUCUAUGAAAUGAGGUGGGUUUUUUUAAAUGUUUUGGGAAGGGGGAGGGUGUUUUUUUAAAAAAAAUUAUUUGGGGGGGGGGAUUCAGAAAAUUUUUUUUAUUUUUGGGGGAGGGAGGUUCAAAAAUUUUUUAAUGUUUUUACUAGGUAAUUGUGGAUGCAGUAGGCAAGGUUACUGUAACAAUUUUUUUUGUAAACUACGACUAAUAGUUCGUUAUUGGUCUAAAGUAGGCUUAGCAGCUUAUUACUGUAAUAUUUAGUAGAGUCUUGCAGAAAACUCUCUAGACUAGUCUUCUAGAGCUAUAAAAUGAGCAAUAGGUCAUAACUCUCUUCCAUAUGUUUGUUUCCCUUGGAUUUAGCGAUGUUUCUUUGAAAUGACCGUUGCAUCUUCUUUUUAGAACAGAUUGUAGUAAUAACUUGUUAGAUAAAGUAGGGCAGUGGCAAGGGCAAGGUAGUGGGACGUGUAGGGUAGUAACAAGGAUAUGUCAGUUGUAAGGUUAGGGUAGUGACAAAGGUAAGGUAGUGUCGUGGGUGGGGUAGUGACAAGUCUAGAGUAGUGUUAAGGAUAGAAUACUAACAAGGGUAGGAUAGUGGCCAGGGUAAGGCAGUGCUAAUGGUAGGGUAUUGUCAAGGGUAGGGCUGUGACCAGAGCAAUAUAGUGGUAAGUGUAGGGUAGUAGCUAGGGUAUAGUAGUGACAAGCUUAAAGUAGUGGCUGGGGUAGGGUUGUAGAAAGAGUGGCAAGGGUCGGGAAGUGGCAAGGGUGAGGAUGUGACGAGAGUGAGGUAGGGGCAAGGGUAGGGCAGUUGCGAAGGUAGGUUAGUGGCAAGGGUAAGGCAGUGACAAGAAUACUGUAGGGUAGGGUAUGGUAGGGUAGUAGGGUAGGAUAGGGUAGGGUAGGGUAGGGUAGGGUAGGGUAGGGUAAGGUAGGGUAGGGUAGGGUAAGGUAGGGUAGGGUAGGGUAGGGUAGGGUAGGGUAGGGUGGGGUAAGGUAGGGUAGGGUAGGGUAGGGUAGGGUAGGGUAUGGUAGGGUAGGGUAGAUACUUUUUUUCUUCACUCAAAUUACCACUUUCAGUUUUAUCAGCUGCCAUAACAACUUAAUCACUUAAAGUCUAGAAUUACUUUCUAAUUUUAGUUUUUUGCUGAAAACAAAAAUCACAUCAGAAAAUUCGACCAAUUUUUAGUCAUUUUACGAUUAGUCAGUCAAAUCGAUCUUGUUGACUUGGAAAGAAAAAUUAAUAGAUCUUUCUUGGUUUAUAAACUUGCUUUUUUAAAUUUAAAAAAAAAUUUUUUGCGAUGAAGGGGUGAGGCAUGAAACUUUUUUUUCAGUUGGGAGAGGGAGAUGGCCAAGAAAUUUUUUUUGAGGUAGCAGGGGAGGGGGAAUAGACAAAAAAAAUGUUUAAUAGUAGAGGCGGGCAUGGGUAAAAAUUUUUUUUUAAUUUUUGUGGCAGAAAGGGCGGGUUAUUAAUUUUAAAAAAUAUUUUGAGGGCAGGGUAAAAAAAUUUUUAAUAGUAGAGGCGGGCAUGGGUAAAAAUUUUUUUUUGAUUUUUGUGGCAGAAAGGGCGAGUUAUAAUUUUAAAAAAUAUUUUGAAGGCAGGGUAAAAUUUUUUUAACGUGGGCCCUUGUAGAUUUUUGGAAAAAAUUUUUCGCAAAAAAUCGGCACAGGUAGCAGCUACCCCUCCGCUAUAACGAACCUCCCGUAUAACAAACAGUUUUUAAGUCCCCGAUCAACACUAACAAGUGCAUUUAAAACUCCUCUAUCGAACCUAUUUAUAACAAACAAAUUUCAAGUCCCCGAGCGAUUUGUUAUCAGGCUUGGACACAGGGCAGGGCAUUGGCAAAUUUCCAUGCUCUGCACUGUGCCCUGCAAUGCCCUGCCCUGUACAGGGCAUUGGGCUUUUAUGCCCUGCCCUGCCCUACCCUUGCUCUGCAGGGCAUCAGGGCAUUUACAGGGUAUUUACAGGGCGUUUGGGUAUAUUUUGGCGGACGCCUCCGCCGAGUGGUCGAUAAUCGGCGGACGUCAUAACUUGGUUAGUUUAGCAGCUAGAAAAAUUUAGUAGUGCAGAAGUUGUUAUCUGUCAUAAACUACACAUUAAGCCAGAAAUUUAUGUUUUUGAAAACAAUAUUGUUAUCGACCGGUCGAUAAUUUACAAAUGUUUAAUUUUUACAAAAAACAAAGUUUUUUGCUUAGAAUUGUAUCUAAUGCAAUUUCUAUACAAUUUAGAACAACAGAGCGAUAAGAAUAUAUAUAAAAUUUGCAAUUAAAAUAUACUAAAAAUUAUCAAAAUCCAAGCCUGUUUGUUAUACAGGAGUUCCACUGUACUUUUUUAUUAGACAGGUAAAAAACGUUUUUUUAUAAAAAAACGACCAUUUAUUACCAAAAGCAACUGUUUUAAAAGUGCCAAAGUUAUUUGCAAGAUUAGUCUUUGGAAUCUUUUUUUUUUCUGAGAAGGAACAAAAAAAAUUGACCUGGUCAAUAGGAACAGAGAAAUAUAACCAAGCCACUGUUUUCUGAGAGUAAGGAGCGGCCGAACCGAAGGGCAUUUUAAACCCUAAGGCCGUUUUUUACUUAAUAGAGGUCCCGGGCCUGAUUUUUGAAAAGGCUAGGCUGGUUUUUGAGCCGUUUGAAUUUGUUUUGUCCUAGCCCUGUUUCACCCGGCUUUAAGGCCCGGAUUCACCGUCCAACCAUUGAUUCCUGCCUUGAGUAGUUUUUUUAUGACGUUUUGAGUGGUAAAUUGUGUACUGGGCGUAUUUUACCUUGAUGAAUAUACUUUGCAUUAUUUAAAAUUUUUGUUGUUUUAGAUAAUUAUCUAACCUAAAAUUCAAAUAUUGACUAUAGUAUGGUCAAGACACAUCCAUUCAGUUGCUUUUGCAUCGGCAAAAGGUUUGGUCUUUAGCUUCAUUAUCAGUAGUUUUAUAUCAAAGUACUCUAUUUAAAAACUAGUAUGGUAGUGCAGGGUAAAUUAGAGUGAUACUUAAGCGAUUUUAAAAAAAAAUUUUGGGCGGGGUAAUUUAAUAAAUUAUUUUUUGGGGGUGGAUUUUUAAAAUUUUUUAGUAUAAAGUAAAUAUCGUUAAGAAAACUGAAAAAUACCAAAAAAUUGGGCGGGGGUAAUUUUUCCAAAAAAAUUUUUUGGGGGCGGAUUUUUAAAAUUUUUUAAAAUUUUUACAAAUAUUAUAUUAAAUUUAAUUUUUAGACUUCCCCAACCAGAAGAACGUCCCUUCCUACCCUACAACAUUCGCUAUGAAGUUGAAGACGAAGCCGAAAGCUACGCCGAAGAAACCAGCGGCUACAUGGAAGAAGACAGUAGCGUCCUCUACAGCAACUCCCACCUCCUCAACACUCCCGCUUCAACAAGCUCGGGAUCUUCAGCCCUAAAUCAUUCGGACGAAGGGGUGUUUAGUGGUGGUGAAGAUGGCUCCACCGUGUCAUCCAGCCGAUCCGACCGAUCGUUUUCGAACAUUUUGUCCACAAGUCGAUCACAACCUCAAACUGCGGUAAAUCGACCGAAUUCCGGAAUGUCUACGGCUUCAUCGACAGCUUUGAAUUCGGUUUUGUCCACUUCAUCGAUUAAUUCACCGGCUGUUAAUGCGAAGCGAAAUGUCACAGAGAAAAUCGAUGAAAAUGAUGUUAAGUUUAAGAACUGGAAUCAGCUGUUUGAGCAUUUAAGGAAGGAAAUUGUGAGUUUUAUAAUUAAAAAAUGAAAAAAUUCAUCUUAAAUCACUUUUAAAACGACAUUUUAAAACUGUUUUACAACAUUUUUAACAGAAAAUAGACUUUUUUUAAAUUAUUAAUUUUUUGUGACAUUUUGUCACUUUUUUUCCAAUACUUUUUAAAAUUAUGAAAAAUUGUGUUUACAGCAUAUGGUAAUGUGUAUAAACGCAUUUUAACACAAUUUUAGCAAUUUUUUAUUUUGUGGCACUUCGUUACAUUUUUCCAAUAAUUUUUAAAAUUACGAAAAAAAUGGUUUUUGACUUGUGUUAAUGUAUAUAAAUUAUAUGUAUAUAAGGCAUUUUAACACAAUUUUAACAAUUUUUAAUUUUGUGAAACUUCGUGACAUGUUUCAUUAAAGCCGGAUUUUUUCAAACAAAGGUUACUGUUGCAAAGGAAACCGUAAAAAAUCGUAUUUUACAUUCAGUUUUAAUUUUUAAAGCAGUGUUGACAUUUUUAUUUCCACUUGUACUAAAGUUGUGACAUUAUUUACUAAGGUUAUGACGAUAUUUAUAAAUUUCAGACCGAAAUGAGGGCACGAGACAAGGAAAUCCUGGAGAACCUGAUGACAAUCGAAGAGGAAAUCCGAGUGGUCAAACACAAUCAGGCUGUUUAA